AUGAAGCUGGAAUCACUUCGGGCCGAAUUUCAUGAUGAAGCACAGAAUGCUUAUUUAGAGAGGUUACGUCAACUCGAAGAGGCGAUGGGAGAUAUUGACGUUCUGGUAGGACAAUUGGAGCCAACAUUGUCCAGAUUCCUCCCUCUGAGAGACAGUUCAGUUACGGGGGCUGAGCCCGACGACAACGAAACUUACUCCAUUCGGACCGAAGACGGUAUCGCCGCAGCAGUUGAAUACAUUAUGCUUCUUCAAGCCAGGAUCAGGGCUAUCAAAUCGUGCGAUGGCAUGGGUCAAUCCCAAGUGACAGCACCUCAGCCUCCACGUGGGACACAGGCACAACUUCGCAGACCCCAGUCUGUGGAACUUCCAACUUUACCCAUACCGAAAUUCAACGAGAAUAUUUGGGACUGGGACAAAUCCCGGGAACUGUACAAUGCAAACAUGCACUUACAGGAUCUCCCAGAACCCUACAAAUUCAACUACCUUUUAGACGCGCUUCAAGGAGAAGCCAGAGAAUCCAUUAGGAAAUUUCAGGUCACUAAGGCAAAUUAUUCUCAAGCCAUAACUUUCCUGCACAACCGAUACGGUUCAGGAAAAGAAUUAGUUCAGAAACUCAUCAAAAAAUUGGAAAUGAGCCAUUUACGAAGUCAAGCCAUGAAAGAACAACGUUCACUCUCUGAGCAAAUUAAAGUCAUCAUUCAGCAACUGAGACAAAAAGGCGAACAAAUGACAAUCAAUGGAUAA